UGAAAGUAUACCCAGUCAGAGUAUAUACAAAUGGAUCUCUAUACUUUAUCAAUCAGUCUCCCUUUACCUGAUUUACCCAACAAAAGUUUUAUCUUUCCGUCGGACGACUUCAGAAAAUCAGCGGAUUUAGCGACAAUAGCUGCUGCACUUACUCAGACACACUCCUGCCUCGUCAAAUACACUGUUACAGAUAGUCAGUCUCUGUGGCAUUUAUCCGGUUCAAUACAAAAUGUUCUAUCAGCAAGGGGUUCUUUGAUCAGGGAUUUACCACUCAAUUAUACUGAGACUCUCAAGAUCCCAAAAUCUGAUAUUCUAGUACACGAUUUGAACUCAGCAAGUGGAGGUCAAGGUGGAGCCCAAUCAUCAGCCUCAACCCAGUUAUCAUGCCUCAAUCCUCUAAUUAGAGAUAAACUUGUUGAGCUCAAUUCCACAAUGAACGUUAACUUCUCACUAUUGGAAUUACCUCCUUCAAAUUUCCAAAAUGGCUUACAAUUACAGUCUCUAGUUCAAUUGUCUAUUCUAGGAGGUCAAGAAUCUGUAGAACAUGCCAAAAUUCAAAUUUUAGUUACAAUCGAUCAACAUUUAGGUUUACACGCCGAUAAAGUCGAUAUUGACUUCAAGCUACACCCAAUUAUCGCAUCAAAGAAGCGCUCGGUUAUUAGAACCAUUGAGGAAGAGACGGAAACAAAUAUCUAUUUACCUCCACCUUUAGCCGGUGUACUGGGUAACUCCUCACCAAGAGCUGGAAGUCUUCCAGAUCACAGAAACUUAAUUUAUAUCACUGGUGAUUUCUUUGGCGUUCAAAGAGCUAAAGAUAUGCUGGUUCAAGUUGCUGUACAGAAAGUGAACUCCAAAUCAGUCUUAAGCAGAGAUGCAGCUUUAUUACCAAGAAAAUUAGACUCUUUGGUCGUUGAAAAAGCUGAUGAAAUCCGUACAAUUAUGGCAGACAAUGGUACUUUUAUCAAGUUCCCAAUAAUUGGUUCACAAGCUUCAAUUAUACAAAUCUUUGGUGAUAAUAGAGUAUCUAUUGAAAGGACUAUUAGGUCAAUCAUGCAAUUGGCUUGCUACUAUUACGUCGCAAGCGUUUGGUUAUUACCUGUUACCUUUGACGUUUUAAUUCCUCCACCUUCAAUCAAUCCUUCAACCGUACCUGCCAGUGAUUUAGAAAGAUUGGCUUUAGAAUCGGGCGCUGAGAUCGUUCUCAAAUCAAAUUGUUUCGAAGCACAUGGGUCUGAUACUGCCGUUAGAGAUGCUAUCGCAAGAGUUUUGGAGUUGGAUAUUGUUCAAGGUUUCCAUCACGAGAUAAGAUUCCAAGUGGAAUUAGCCAAUGAACAUCGUGAUUUCAUUUCGGGUAAAAAGAACGGAAAAAUUAACAAGAUCAUGAAGUCGGCUAAUGUCAGAAUCAAAUACGAGACACUUUCAGAGUAUAACUUUUUGAUUGAUGUUGCUGGCUCAGAUCUUGGUGCCUUGAGUGGAUUAUCAAUGUUACAAGAGGAAUUACCAGCUGAAAUGUCUUUCCACGUUCCUGAAGUCUACCACAAGCGUAUUAUUGGUGUUGGCGGUAAAAACAUUCAACGCAUUAUGAAGAAAUUUGGUGUUUAUGUCAAGUUCUCAAAUGCUGAUGAGUUUGCUGCCCUUGGCGGUUAUUGUGAUAAUGAGGACAAUGUUAUAUCAAGGACUCCAGCCAAGAAUGCUAUGAAUUUGGAAAACCUCAAACAAUCAGUUAUGGAAUUAGUAAAUCCCAAAGACAAAGAUUAUACAAAUGAAAGUAUUUUGAUACCUAGGAAAUAUCAUCGUACUUUACUAGGAGAGAAGUCUAUCUUCUUACAUGAUAUCGAAAGUAAGACAGGAUGUAGUGUCAGAUUCCCUGACAAGGAGUUGGCAACUGAUUCAGUUGCAAUAUUUGGACCUGAGCAUCAAGUGAACGUUGCGAAGACGAUGGUUUUGGAUCACGUUCCAUUUGAAGCUGAAUAUCUAACCCCACGUUCAAAUGAAAUAAGAAACGCUGUCAAUGAUACUAAGUUCAUUGAACUUGUCAACAGCUUGAGGAGCGAUUUGCAUGUCUCUAUAUCUGCACCUGCACAGUUGCUCAAGUCGACUGAGAAUGGCCAGAACACCCCACCACAAUCAUCAAACAGUGAUACCGCUUCUGACGACGAGGAAGAUUUGGCUUUCAAAGUUCGCUGUCAACGUUCAAACAUUGACAUGUUAGGUGCAGCUAAAGAAACGCUUGAGGAUUACUUGAAGAGUCGCAAUGUACCGGUUCAUACCAGACCAUCAGCACCUGUACAACAACCAAUGCGUGCUGAUGCCCUUGCAGGUGCAUUCCCAUUGUUUAACUCAAAGAUCAUUCCAGCAGCUGAAAGCCCAACAAAGGAGUCUUUCGACGGUUUCCAAGAUGCAAGCGCACAGUUCACCAGACCAGGUGAAUCACGCUAUCAUCCUUUGAGCAACAACAGUAUUGGUGGUGGAUCGUCAGCAGCAGCUCUGAUGGGACAAAAACCAAACUUCACUGGAUCAUCAACCCUUGGUGGUAUUAAGACAGGUGCUGUUGGAUCAGGUAGAAGACUUCGUGCUGCAGUAUCAACUCCAAAUGUAAAAGCGCUCUUUGGUAAUGAUAGUAGUGGUGGAUACCCAGGUUCAGCUAUGUCCUCACCAGACUCUAAUACUGCAUUGUCUUCACCUUAUGGUGGUAUUGGAGAGGAUACCUCUAGCCCUGCUACAGCUGCUCAGUUACAACAAGCUCAAGCUGCAGCUGCCUACUACGCUGCUGCCAGUCAACAUGCUCAAGAGCAACAUUACACCCAGAACGUAUGGGGACCACCAACACCACCAACUCAAUAUGUCAGACCUAUUCCAACUGCCGCUGAUGCCACUAAAAGCUAUGCUCAAACAACAGAAGAAGCAGUUAAAAGAGGUUCAGACUCAGUACUCGAAUCUAAAUUAAAGACUCAACCUCAGCGGACCUUAGCUUCACAAAGAGCCCAAAGUCUUGAUCUUGGUGCGUUAGUCGGUAAGACUCCGAACUCUACUACUGUUCAGGGACAGAAUGCGAACGCAGGUGGAUAUGCAGGUGUCGUAGGAGAUCCUUCUAGUGGGUCGGGCUCUUACUCCCCAAGUGGAACACAAUCCUCAAAUAGACCGUCGCCAAGGGAAUUCAACAAACCUCAACGCGCUAGUCAUUUGACUCAUCAGCCACACUAUUCACUUGGGGGUGGUCCAAUCAGUGGAGUGAUGCAACAAGACCAAUCUAUAUUUGGGUCAUCGGCUUCUUUGGGUGGACAUGCUCAUACACGAUCGUUACCACAAGUUACACCACCUGAAUUAGAUCAAAAUCCACAAUCGCAAUUCUAUUCUCCAAUCUCACCACCUGGUAAUCCAAUUGGUAGCUCAGCAUCUAUUUACGCGCAUCCUACUCAACCAACAGGAUUAAGACAUGCAAGAUCACUAUCUACAAACCCACGUAAUACUUUACAAAAUAUCCCAAAUCCUAUCUCAAUACCUCCAACGGAUAAUUCGGCAAAUCAGUCCAAUUUUUCUAAUCCAAAUUCCGCAACUUCUGCAACUUUUAGCUCUUCACAACAAAUCCCAUCUAGGAUUGCCACACCAUCAAAUUUCGAUGGACUAAGUUCAGACCAAGCUAAUGAAAUUUCUAGAGUAUUAGCCCAAGUGAGAUUAGAUCAGAAUUAAUCAAAAAAAUGUGAAUAAUAAGUCCACUUUACAUAGCAUUGAUAUUAUUUAUUAUUAUCUCAUCACUUACAUGGAUUUGGACUCGUGAUAAGUUCAUACACGCGAUUUUUAUACAAGGCUCAGUUCAGUCUACCCUAAUUUAUUACAUUACCCCAAUCCACUAUCAAUCCACUAAACAGUUUACAAAAACACUUAUCAUUAUUAUUAUUAUUAUUCAAAUUAGUCUAUUCCUUUUAUAUUUUAUUUCGUCCUUUGUUUUAAAAAAUAAGUCCUGAUUGAUUAAUUUACAAUUAUCGUUUGUUCGUUUGAAAAAUUUCAUUUCUUAGUUAGCUAUAUCGUCAACGGCAUCGUAAUCGAAUAAUAAGUAGUUGUAUUAUAAGUUGAAAAUUUAAAAAUUGAGUAGCGUUGUGUCAUUAGUUAUGUACUCAAAUGAUUAUCUAAAUGUAAUCUAAGGAUAAUUCCUACCAUGAUACUUUGAUAUUAAAUAUACUCAAUAAGACAUUAAAAUUCAGCAAUCGCGUCAUAAAUUUCGCUCAAGAAAGCAUAAUAAAUGAAGUGUUUUAACCUUCCUGUUACCUUUACUUGAGGAAUCCAGAUGGGAUAUCGUACGUGAACUUAAAAACACAGAUUGUAAAUUAUAGAGUAGUAUGUCAAAAGUCUCAAAAAGCAAAGUAAUAAUUCUAAACAAUUUACGUACAGUAUUCACGUCCGCACUCACAGGUGUUCUACCAACAUAUACAAA